CUGUUUAUUUAAGUUGUGCUUCAUAAUCGAUUGUUUUGUUUUUGAGUGUGCUUCAUUGCGGUGACGUGUGCACUCAUGCGCGCUCUAAACUUCGCGGAUUACGAUCAUCGCGGGGCACUCGGCUCAGGGGUUAGGUAUGUUUGGAAUUGUUCGUCAAAAAAAGGCAUGCGGCAAUUGUGAAGAAUAUUUCCUGCAUUCUAUCGCACCCACGAACACACCCCCACCCACCCACCCCGAACGCACCCUCAUCACACACGUGUACACUUAACCAAGUGCAUAGAGUUGCGGCUGUCAACUUGGAGUACGCAGCGAGUUGAUCUCACGCACCGUGCCCUGUCACGGACGCGUCUCUGGGUGAGAGAGAGGAGGAGGAGGACACAGCAACGCUGCUGCUGCUGCUGCUCAAAGCUCCUCCAGAGCGGUUGCAAGUGAUGGCGAGCCAGGGCAAGGGCUGAGCUGAGCUGAAACGUGGUGGCAGAUUUCAUUUCAACUACCAUCGUCCAAAAGUAACAAAGCCAUUGUUUAAGUGGUACCUGCUUUAUUGUUUUACUUGUGUUCACUCAUCCACGCUCAUCGUCGGAUUGGCAUAUGCCGUUCUAUUUAAAGUUCACAUGCGCGCGUCUACAAAAAAAAACAUAGUAACGAAGCAGGUUUAGCAGGCUACAUUUAAGUUACAAUAUUCACUUUACUUAGCUUUUAGUUAUCGGCGUCUGCACUGAGUGAAGAGCGGUGAUGGCACCGGUGGAGCUGACGGGCGUCUCGGCAGCGCCGCUCGUUCUGUGCCUCUGCCUCCUGCUUCUGGGGAUGCUUCUGGGGAUGCUUCUCCUCGCUUCUGCGAAGACUCCGGGCAGCGAGCUUCUCCGCGAGGACAAGGAAGGUUCGCUCGGCCGCUGCAUGCAAGGAUUCAUCUCUGGCAUGUCGUGGCUGCUGGAGGCGGCGCGCUCGCACGUGAAGCGCUGCCUCUGCCCCGCCAAGGAGGACAAGCAGACGCUGGUGGAGGCGCGGCCGCCCGACUACGUGGAGCGCAAGCUGUCGGUGGCCGGGAGCCGGCCCGUCGAGUUCGUGCUGCCCCAGCUGCCAACGAUCGCCAUGCGCCAAGUGCACGUGCAGCAGCAGCAGCAGCUCCAUCACCAGUAUCAGGAGGUGCAGCAGGUGGAAGAAGCUGUGCUAUUUGACCGAAGCAGGGAUGAGAAAAUGCAUAUUGUUAAUGGCAAUGUGGUUGCACUGCCACUCUUCAGCCAAAUUAAGCGUGAACUGGUGGAGGGGACACCAGGAUCUGCCACCGUAGGGCCUGCCGGCCUAGGCCAAGAUAACCCAAGGCGGCGGCCCAGCUCGCUGAACAUCUCACCCGUGGGCACCGCCUCCCGUGGCUCCUUCGCGAGGGCCUCCUCAGUGUGUACGUCCACCUACAGCCCCAAGCCGCAUUCGCCAAGCCCAUCGUGUGGCCAAGCCAGCCGCUCCUUCAGCAUCCAAGGCUCAGAGUGGCACCUCCGCAUGGGGUCACCGGGUGCCUCCAGAAAGCGGCUGCUCGGCAGGCAGCUCUCAGUGCCUCUCACGAUGCAUCCGCAGUCGCCCACGUUUGGACAGCUCUCCCCUCUUGCAGAGGACUACGGGACAUUCCCUACAAAUAUGGACACAACAUACAAAACUGAAGACAGUUUCGACUGUGGGACAUUGGAAGACGUGAUUGUGGAAGGGGGGCAGCCAAGUGGCAAGCUACAUGUGCAGCUCCGGUACGACCAGACCAUGCAACACGUGUGGAUAAUGGUGGUGCAGGUUCAAAACCUCGUGCUCAAGCCGAGCAAGGCUCCGCCGAGCCUCUACGUGAAGGGCACGGUGCUCGCUGACAGGCGGUGGACUUUCAAGACCAACAUGAAGCCCAACAUCAGCAACCCGAGGUACGACGAGAUGUUUGUGUUCAACAUUGAGCCCAAAGCGAUGCAGACGGCCAAGCUGGAGUUACAGGUGGCCACCAGGAAGCCCCGCAAAGAGAUCCUGGGGAAGACGACGAUCAGCCUCCACAGCCUGGGAGAGGAGGCAACGGAUCACUGGCUGGAGCUCUUCUUUCAUCACGCCACUAUGGACAGAGGGGAGCUGUGUGUGUCCAGCUGUCUCGACCUGCAAAAGGACACCCUUACGCUGCACAUUAAGGAGGCACGCGACCUCCGCAAGUCCUACUCGACCACCCCAGGCAAUGCAUUCGUGAAAGCCACCAUGCUCAUAGCGGACAACAAGGUGGAGAGGAGACAGACGCCACUGAGUGCCGUGGUACAUGGCGGCGUCAGCUGGAACCACCCCAUCAGCCUCCCGGCCGAACACCGGCACCACAAGUUCCGCGGAGUGAGCGUCGAGCUGCGGGUGUUCUACCGCGACUCGCUCCGCCGGGCACACCUACUGGGCCAGGUGACCCUGAACUGGGAUGCAGAAGGCUCAUGUUUGGAACAGUGGAAGGAGACCAUCAGAAACCCGGACAAAGUCUUAACCUACUGGCACAAGCUGAAUGUGCCUGAUUCACAUACCAUGAGAUUUUGAAGGGAAAAAAACUAAUCCACGCCCCCCCCCCCCCCCCCCAAGAAAAUAACACCAUUGUUGGUUCACAGCAGAUAAAUUAUGGAACUGGUCUCACAACAAUAUAUAAUGCAACCAUUGUGGCUACCCACAAGUAUUGCAAGAGGCAGCUCAAAAGAAUGUGAUGGACCAUUCAUCCCUCCUGAUCUGUAACCCAGCCAAACCACUAGAUUCAGCCUUUCAUUGGGUUCUCAAUUGCCGGACUCUUCGUCCACGUCAUCUAAUCCCUCUGGCCAAAUCACCCAGAAUGCACCCGAUCUUGUCAGAUCUUGUGAGAUCUCAGCAGCUAAGCAGGUUGAGCCUGGAUAGUUGCAACAUUGGGAGACAUCCUAAACAACUGUGCAAUAAUUACAUGUAAUUAACGAAGUUCAGAAUGUGUAGGGUGUGGCUAUGACACGUGUAAGUCAAAGCACAGGGAGUGUAAUCUGUAUCGCCUUACGACUGAUUUGAAGAAUAUUGUUACAGGCUUACAUAUCAGAGUAACUUGACUCGUCUAAUAUACGAGCUGAAAAAUAAUAAUGUGCUGCUUUAAAUCCCCAAAACUGCAUGAAACAUUGAUGCAUUUUACAAAGUACCUCGCAAUGAUUGUACAACGUGAGCCAUGAUAUAGAUUAUAGACACAUUCAGACUAAUUAGGAGUUGUACGGGGCUGAUGAAUGUGUUAAUGUGCGACUGUUAUCUUUUUUUUGCUGCUAAUAAUACUUUGCUUUUGUCAAAUUCAAUGUUAUUAUCUUCAAACACAAGUGUGUUUAAGCAUAUAUAUUUAUGAUGACUAGGUUUCAUUGGGUAAAUGUUAUAUUAUAUAUCAUUCUAUUAAUAGGUUAUUCGAAUUAUGUACACAUUUCCUGGUAACAGAUGCAAGCAAAAAAAAGUGGUAUUUUUCAGAAAAAUGUGUUUUAAGGGUUUUUAUCAAUUUUGCCUUCAUCUAGUAGUGGAUUGACCGUGGCUGAUGAUGAUUGGUGUUGUAUUCGAGAAAUACCUUUACAUA